ACGUCAUCGCAAGUUGGCGGGAAAUGUUCGGUCAGAGAAGUGGUUCAAAACAAGCGGGACUGUGUUCGUGCUGCUGAACAAUAAGGAAAGCAAGCUCUAAGUCAACUACUACCAAAUUAAUCAAGGUUACUAAAAUGAUAGGGCAGAAAACUAUAAAUUAUUUUUUUCCGCCCAUUUCGAAGAAGAGAGCUUCGGGAGGGGAACAUGAGAGAGAGGAUGCCCAAGAACAUGUUGGACGGGUGAAGAAGCUGAAGCUAUCAGGCAACGGAACAACGGAGUCACCUUCUUCUCCAGUGUGUCCAGAACUGCUGGCCCGAAUCGCCAAAAACAAGCAAGCUGCGUUGGAGAAACUGUCCGCCAGUAACACACCGGAUGAAUUUGGGGAGAGUUGGAGAAAGAGUUUGGUCUCUGAGUUUGGAAAGCCUUAUUUCAUAAACUUGAUGUCUUUCGUUGAUGGAGAGAGGAAACUCAACACUGUCUACCCACCCCCUCAGCAUGUUUUCACCUGGACACAGAUGUGUGACAUCAAAGAUGUCAAGGUUGUCGUCCUCGGUCAGGACCCAUAUCACGGUCCAAACCAAGCCCAUGGAUUAUGCUUCAGUGUGCAGAGACCUAUCCCACCUCCACCCAGCUUGUUGAAUAUGUACAAAGAAUUGGCGUCUGAUAUAGAGGGCUUCCAGCACCCUGGACAUGGAGAUUUAACUGGAUGGGCUAAACAAGGUGUCUUGCUGCUCAAUGCUGUGCUGACCGUCCGAGCUCACCAGGCCAACUCUCACAAAGACAAGGGCUGGGAAACUUUCACUGAUGCUGUGGUGCAGUGGCUCAGCUCCAACCGGGAGGGCCUCGUCUUCAUGCUGUGGGGGGCCUAUGCUCAGAAGAAGGGAGCAGCUAUUGAUAGGAAACGUCACCAUGUCCUUCCCACUGUACACCCCUCCCCUUUAUCUGCUCAUCGAGGCUUCUUUGGAUGCAAGCACUUUUCCAAGACCAAUGAGUUGCUGGAGAAAUCAGGGAAGGAGCCCAUAGACUGGAAGGCACUUUGAGAUGUCCCACACAGCCUUAUUUUCAUGGUGGGGAUUCCAAAAUGCAACUCACUAGAUUUGUCACUACUGCUACCAAACCAUAAGCUUAUGGUAUUAUUUUUGUUAUCAAAUAUCUGGGUGACAUGUUUGUAAAUGUUUACUGCAGUGGGCAAGUUCAUACUAAUUUCCUUUAUUGGCAGAUUAUAGUUUUCACUCUGGUUUGCAGUUUGCACCCUUUUUAAAAUGUAAUUGGAUUUGAUCUACAUUCAAGCUAAGUAAUACCUCAAGUAUCACUUUGUUAUGUCAACAUAGCAGUUAUAUCAAGGUUUCACAAACUCAGUCCUGGCCCCACCUCUGGGUGCACAUUUUGGUUUUUGCCUUAGCACCACACAGCUGAUUCAAGUAAUCAAAGCUUGAUGAGCUGGUUAUUUGAAUCAGAUUUUUCUUUUUUAGGAAACCCAGGACUGGGUUUGUGAAACCCUGAGCUAAAUGUGGCUGGUCUGUAAAUAUGUAAUUAUUCUGUUCUUGAUUUUUAGUACAUUUUUUAUGCUUUUCUACUUUAAAAAUAAACGUACUGUUAUUCAAGGCUG